UUACAGCCUUUUUUGACAGGUUUAUCGCGUCCGGUUUUGAUUCGUUCGGCAAACGACGGAACGGGACGGCUUUUUAUUUUACAGCAGGGCGGAUUGAUCCGCGUUCUGCAGCCGGGAGCGACCGCUCCGACGGAUUUUAUCAAUCUGAGUUCCAAGAUCACGGUGCCGGUUUCGGUCGGCGAUGAGCGCGGACUGCUCGGUUUGACGUUUCAUCCGCAGUUUGCGACGAACGGAUAUUUUUUCGUUAAUUACACCCGCGUCGCUGACGGCGCAACCGUCAUUGCGCGUUACACCGCUUCAAACAAUAAUACGACGGCUGAUAUUGCGACGGAAAGAGUGAUUUUGACGAUUGCCCAGCCGUUUUCAAAUCAUAACGGCGGAAUGAUCGAUUUCGGUCCCGACGGGCAUCUUUAUAUCGGAAUGGGCGACGGCGGUUCGGCAAACGAUCCGGGCGCGCGCGCACAGAAUAUCGACAAUCUGCUCGGCAAAUUUUUGAGAAUUACGCCGAGUCUGGAUGCAAAUCCGCCGACACCCGCUUACACGGUUCCGGCGGAUAAUCCUUAUGUCGGCGUUGCCGGAGCGGAUGAAGUUUACGCCAUCGGUAUCAGAAAUCCGUGGCGUUGGUCGUUCGACCGCGGCGGCACGAAUCAGCUUUGGGCGGGCGAUGUCGGACAAAACAACAUCGAAGAGUUCGACAUCAUCACCAAGGGAAGCAAUUACGGUUGGCGCGUUUACGAAGGAAAUACCUGCACCAAUCUCGAUCCGGCUCUUUGCGUGGGCGGAGGUUCUCCGAUCACGCAAACGCCGCCUGUAUUUACAUACACACACGCGGGCGGACGCUGUUCGAUCACGGGCGGUUACGUCUAUCACGGAACGCAGGGCGCAUUGCCGAACGGCGCAUAUACUUACGCCGAUUAUUGUUCGGGCGAAAUCUGG